UUGUGAAUAAUUUACAUUAAAUUAAAAUAUUAGUAGAAAUUGAGCAUUACUAAUAAGAGGUUGAGAAUUCAAAUUCGAAGUAAACUUUAAUUUGGUAAUACUCGUGAGUCAUGAAUGACGAAAAGGUUAAUUAUUUAAUAGAUGGCCUCGUGUACUGUGAUCUCAUUGAUAUUUUUCAGAAAAGCGGUGCGGAUAUGCAUUUCAAAUUCAACGAACUAAAUUAAUGCCUCUGACUCUGAUUUUGCCAUUAUUAUCAUCACACCUACCGCCUCUUGGAGACGUGUUUCACAGCUUCAGUCUCCUUUCUCUUAUUCUUUCAAGCAAAAUAAAAAAUUCUGAUUCCUCUUUUACAAUGGAAGCAAGAUCUACUCCCCUGGCCUAAGCUUCCUCAGUUACUGUGUUUUCUAUUCUUAUAGAUACUCAAGCACCAAGUUAGUUCUAGUAGCUUCAUUGGGAUGAACAAAUAAGAUUGCUGUCAAGAAAGUUUGGGGAGUGAAUCUUUCUUCUAUUCUAAUGGGAUGCAAGUAUUCAAAGAAAGUCAUAAAUAAAGUACCGGGUUACGAGGAACCCAUUGUUCUUGCUUCUCAGACACCUUGUGAGUAUCCAUCAUCAGCUGUUAAUGUGAGUGAAGUUGAGGCCUUAUAUGAGCUUUACAAGAAGUUGAGCAAUUCAAUUAUUGCAGAUGGUCUUAUUCACAGGGAAGAAUUCCAACUUGCACUCUUCAGGAAUAAAAACAAGAGAAAUCUGUUUGCGGACAGGAUUUUUGAUCUAUUUGAUAUCAAGAAAAAUGGGGUCAUUGAGUUUGGAGAAUUUGUUCGAUCAUUGGGUGUAUUUCACCCAGAUGCAUCUAUGGAAGACAAGAUUAAAUUUGCUUUUAGGUUAUAUGAUCUAAGGCAGACAGGGUAUAUUGAACGUGAAGAGUUGAAGGAGAUGGUGUUGGCACUUCUACACGAGUCUGAUCUUGUGCUUUCAGAUGAUAUCGUGGAAUCCAUCGUGGAUAAGACUUUUAGUGAUGCUGAUACAAAAGGUGAUGGAAGGAUUGAUCAGGAUGAGUGGAAAGCAUUUGUGUCUAAGCAUCCAUCCUUGAUAAAGAACAUGACUCUACCAUAUCUAAAGGAUAUAACCUUAGCAUUUCCCAGUUUUGUUGUAAAUUCAGAUGUUGAUGAUGCAGAUGUAUGUGUAUGAUGCUUUGGCUUUUAUCAAAGGGUGUGCCUUUGAAAUAUUAUUACUUUCAAGACUUGUGCUUAAAAUUAAAAGUGGGGUGUAAAGUUUGAUGGUUUAGUUGCAUGAGUAAAAUUACACAUGGAAAAGUUCCAUGAAAAUUUCAUCCCCAUUUUUAACCUCGAACCGAACAUACCUAAGAGAUAAUAUGAGAUGAGAUGAUCUCUCCUGCGGUGCUGUUGUGUCGUUGGUUUCACAAGAAAGCUUCAGAGAAGAACUUAGUUUUGCAGGAGUUCAUGCUACUAUGUGAGGUUUUCUCUAGUGCGCACUCUAUCUUGGGUCAAAUAAUUGUUCACUUGAAUUGCAAAUUCAAGUGCAAGGCUAGCUUUAAUUUUGAGCAUUUAUGUAUAUAGCAGGGGUAAUGUAAUUAGUUUUAUGUAACUUGAUCCCAGCAAUCUUGGUUGAUGUGAAGAAUUUUGAGUAGGACGGGUUUUGAUACUAUCCGACUCUACUAUA